CCAUUGGCCGCGGCGGGGAAGCGAGGGAGGCGGCCCAGCGGCUAGCUGGCUUCCUCUUGGCCACUCGCGGGGGUGAGGGGAAGCCGUAGGAACCCGGGAGGAAGCGGAGGAGCGAGCGGGAGGCGGCGGUGGCUCCUGUCGGCCUCCGGCAAGACUGACCGCAGGGAGGCCGGAAAGUGGGCGCGCGUGGCGGAGAGGCGGGCGGGAGGCCGGAGCUUAUUUAAUGAAAAGUGCCAUAGACUGAAAAACCAAACAUGAGGGUAGCAGGUGCUGCAAAGUUGGUGGUAGCUGUGGCAGUAUUUUUACUGACAUUCUAUGUUAUUUCUCAAGUAUUUGAAAUAAAAAUGGAUGCAAGUUUAGGAAAUCUAUUUGCAAGGUCAGCAUUGGACGCAGUUGCACGUUCUACAAAACCUCCCAGAUAUAAAUGUGGGAUCUCAAAAGCUUGCCCUGAGAAGCAUUUUGCUUUUAAAAUGGCAAGUGGAGCAGCUAAUGUGGUAGGACCCAAAAUCUGCCUGGAAGACAAUGUUUUAAUGAGUGGUGUUAAGAAUAAUGUUGGAAGAGGGAUCAAUGUUGCCUUGGUAAAUGGAAAAACAGGAGAUCUAAUAGACACCAGAUAUUUUGACAUGUGGGGAGGAAACGUGGCCCCAUUUAUUGAGUUUCUGAAGGCCAUUCAAGAUGGAACAGUAGUCUUAAUGGGAACAUACGACGAUGGAGCGACCAAACUCAAUGAUGAGGCCCGGCAGCUCAUUGCUGAACUGGGGAGUACGUCUAUUACUCAUCUUGGUUUUAGAGACAACUGGGUCUUCUGUGGUGGAAAAGGCAUUAAGACAAAAAGCCCUUUUGAACAGCACAUAAAGAACAAUAAGGACACAAACAAAUAUGAAGGGUGGCCUGAAGUUGUAGAAAUGGAAGGAUGCAUCCCCCAGAAGCAAGACUGAUGUGGAGAAAAUUGAAGGGAGCAUACUUUCACUUGCUAAUGGGAAAGCCCUAACCGAAAAACUACAUGUAAAUAUUUUAAGAGCAUGCAGCCAUCUCGGUGUGUGCAUGACCAUUAUCUCUUUUGAUAUCAGGAUUAUUUAUUGCUAACGUAAAUAGACAUCUUUGUAAAUAGUCAUCAUAAUGAGCAAAUCACUGAACCAUUUCUAAGCACAUCUCCCUAAUGGUACAAUGUUCAGACUGCGAUGAUAAUGGCAUCUUUUAAUUCUAAAAGCAUUACACAAUGGAUAACUGAACAGAUUUGAAAAAUGUAUUGAUAUAUAUACUAGUCGCUGUGAAAAAUCUGUCAUGGAAUAAUAUGGGUUUUAGGGAGGAGACUUUGUUUUCUUUUAUAUAUAUAUAUAUGGCCUUUUGAUGAUAGUAUCUUUUAAAUUAAAAAGAUAUUGGGCUAGUUGUGUGUGUAAUGUUACUUUACAGUCUGACUCCCCUGUUGUAUUUCUUUUCUUAGUCUUUCUCUUUCCGUCCCAAGAAACCUAGAAAUAAAAUAUGAAAACUUGUAUCAAAUAUGUGAAAAGCACAACAGAAUUCUUCAUUUAAUGUACACAGUAAAGAGGAAAUCUAUGAAUGUAGGUGCAUCAGGGCUGUAGCUUGCUGGAUUUUGAGUUAAUAGUGUGCAUGAGUUGAUUUUGCAUAAGCUAUAGAGUAAGACGGGGGCGGCGGGCAACUCCACAGAGCUGAGGAACCAGGCCAAGUCCCUUCCCCAGCCUUGGUAGGUCAUUCAGGGCAGCAUGUCAGUAUAGUUAGAGCAAUACUGGCCUAAGUUUUCCUUAUUUAAGUGUCAUCAGCAUUGACCAAGUGGUUUGGAAAGAGGCAUGUUUUAAUGUCACAAUAAUUUUGGAUUGUAAACCAAGAAAUUGUGUAUUUACUUUCAUCUAACUUCGUAAGAGUAAUUUUUGCCUGAAAAGGUAACGACAUAUUUAGAAAGGUCCUGAUUACUGAUUGGGACUGAUACUGUUUAAAAACAUAAUUUUAUUUGACACACAAUGACUUUAUACCCAAUUCUACAUAAAAAUAUAAGAGAUCUACCUUUUGUUAACUUCAGAUGUUCACAAAAUGACUCAAGUUUUUAAAAUAUUUUUAGGGCAUUAAAUAUCUAUUGUGUGUGAAGUAUCUUAAACUGGAACAUAAAAAAUGUAAUGAUCAAACUGCUAUUCCCAGUAAAAGGCAGCACUUCACUUUUGGAUCUAAAUUUUAGAUGACUUAUAUAAGAAAAACUAAAAGCAGUAUUUUUUAUUUUGCUGUAAACCAAGGUGGAAGUUAUUCAGCUAUUUCUUAAACAUCAGUGAGUUUGGGGGUACUGUUUCUUCCCUCAAACUGAAUGUAAUUCAUGAAUAAAUGCACCUUACACAUCUAAACAAUUUUUGUAAACUUUUCAGAUUUUUGGUGCUGAUACACUAAAUCACAUUCAGCAUGUAUGUUUUGACAUUUAAAAUACUUCCCUCAAUUCUGUAAAUUAAAAGAAUGGCUAUUUUACAGUUCCAGGGAUUGUGAAAUAAGUGUUGCUUUUUUAAAAAAUAAUGAGAAUAAAUACUCUUGGUUUUGCAUUGUGGAUUUUUUUGUAUUAUCUGGCAAAGUAAUAUGCCUAUAGAACUUCACACUGAGGUUUGUCAAGUGUGUAUUGUACUGCUUAACAUGCAAAAUUAAAGUCAUUCCUAUGGGUAAACACACUAAUAUCCUCAGGAUAUAUCUUAACAUGGAUAGAAUUUAAGUAUCUAGAUGGCAGGACAUCCCUUUCAAGAUAAGGACUAUAACAUGAUAGCUUUGUAGAGGUGUAUAAAAUGCCAAAAGAAGGGAUAAAGAUUGGUUAUGUAACUGCUUUCAUGCAGUUUGCUAUUGUUUCGAUUCUGCCUUGUAUACAUUAUGUCAACAUAACUUUGGAAGCAAUAAUUUUACUGUAUUUUAUUUUCAGGUAGCUUUUAAAAAUCAGCAUUGUAAAUGCAGCAAUGCUCAUUUAAUGUUCAGAAUUUUCAUUAAAAUCAAAAAUUUGGCAUUGA